AGGUGGACCUCCAGGAGUACGGGCGCGCCACGCCCCCGCCCAACGCCACGUCCACUGAACCGCUGGCGGUGACCUCGGGCGGCAGAGCCCACGCGCUCGUGGGGCGCUGGGUGGUGUGGCCCUCCCUGGCGGACAGGACCGCCUCCCUCGGCCCAGACAGCAGCUACCUGGGGCGGGGGCUGACCUGGCCCUGCUACGUGCAGGCGCUCGCUGCGCCCGGCACGGGCCCUGGCCAGAUCGCGCCCGUGCCGGUGGCCGCGGGCGAGACGAGGCAGCUGCAGGUGACCGUGCGGCAAGGCGCGGGCAAGUGCGACGGGCGCCGCGGGCCCGGAGUUCUC